GUAUAUACUGUUUGUGGGUAAAAUAAGGACGAAAAAAUAAACCAAGAGAGCAGAGAUAGUGUGAAUAUAAUUCAACAAAUACAGUUAUACUGCAACGGAAAAAAACGCACUGUUAAAAGUGUUCUGUGUAUGCUGAAAGUCAUGCGAGUUUGUUCUUUGUUUGUUUGACGUACAUAUUUUCGGUGUGAUUUCAAGAGGACUUUGGGUUGACCUACAAAAAAAUGGCAUCGAUUCGAACAUAGACACAACGGAAAAUGAUUAAAUGUUCCUAGCCAGCCCGAGACAACAUAUACCGAUAUCGAUUCAAAGACUUGUGUGUGUGGAAAUAAUGUCAUAAAUAUUAAUAGUAAUAACGACAAACCAAAAUACAAUUAAAAUUAGUGCAAUAACAACAUUUAUUCAAAUCACACAUUAGAUAAUAUCCGCAGAAAAGUCGAACAAAUUACUGGCUGCAUACACAAACAUUUACAUAGCGUUACAAAACAACAAUAUAUCCAGACACAUACACACACACAUACAUACAUCUCUCUCUCUUGCUCGUAUAUAUGCAGAACGAUGAUAAUAAUUGUUCUCUUAUCGUGUUAAUAUAAUUUUGUUUGUUUCGUUAUUUUGCUUUAAAAAUCAAAUUCAAGUCAACAAAAAAAACCAACAAAGUUACCAAUAUUAAUUUAAGCGACGUGAAAUCAUUUCGAUUUUGAAUUAAGUGCAAUCAUUGAAUACAGAAAGAAGGGGAAACAAAGAACAAAAUAUAUUUAAAAAAAAAAAUCUUCCAACAAUUCGUAUUUGAAAUUAAUCGCAACGGAAAAUUGUAAUAGUAUCGACAAACUGAAAAAUCAACACAACUCACAAAUCCCUUUUUGUGACGAUAUAAACCAAGUAAACAAUGACUAAUGUAAUAAAUACGUCUGCGAAUUCGGCGUUAACAUCAAAUGUUCAUGCAACUAGUAUAACACAGCAAUCGGAUGAUCUAUUGCCAUCAUUGGCAUCGUUAUCGUUUAAUGUAAGCAACGGCAGUAGCUCAGGUGAUCAAUCGGUAUCCGCAUCGUCAGCCCAUGCCGGCCAAUCGUUAAAAGACGAAUCAAACGAAACAACAACAUUGAGUACCCUAUUAAAUCCAAUUGUCAAUAAUAAUACGGUCGAUGCAAAAGAUCUGAAGAAACAAGUUGAAUGCGCCGAAUUACAAGGUAGAACAAAUAUGUUGACCGUGCUCACAUCACAAACGACCGGCACCGUUGCAUCUGUGUCACCAUCGAUGUCGGCAUCACAAUAUGAUUUUACAACGAAAAUAAGCGAAGAAAACACAUCGGUGGCGGCAAUGUGGUCGAAUAUUGACGAUGGCAGCAAUCAUAAUGCCGUUUCGAAUGGAUUCAAAAAUAAUUCAAAUUACAAUUCGAAUUCGUUGGUCACAACGUUAAUGAAUAACACAAAUUUGUCAAAUAUACAUCAAAAUCGUCGGGCAAUAACCGCAUCGCAUGGAGGUUUUCAACCAGGUCUUCCGCCAAACAACUGCGCACCACGUAAUAUGAUGCCACCUCCUUCGAUUCAACAACAGCAGCAACAACAACAGCAGCAGCAGCAGCCACAGCAGCCACAGCAUGGGAACUAUCACCCACACAAUAUGCAUAAAUCAACGCCACAAGAUCACCAAUCUCAUCAUAUGGCUAUGCAACAGCAGCAACAACAGCAUCCCCAUCAGCAAAAUUUAAAUUUUCAUCAAACACCGAAUGCAAUCGACCGCGAUCCAAUGCACGACCAACAUCGACAUCAACAAAAGCCGAAUAUGUACAAUUCAAACUAUCCGGUCUGGUCAAAUCCGGCAUCAUCGAUGCCUUGGCAAGCACAACAACCACAAGCUGCCAUUAAUAACUCCAUUCCGCAGCAACAAACACAUCAGCAACCCUGGAAUCGUGGCCGUUCCGUUCCAAAUUUAAAUCCCAUGUCGAACAAUUUACCAAAUCGAAAGCCAACGUCGCCGAAUCCAGGCAUGUCGAUGUCUGCAUUUGCAGCGUCACAAUGCGGCAUUACGUCACCAAUGAAAUACCGACGCAGCACAUCAUUUCCUGGCAAAGUACAAGGUCAAAAUUCACUGCAUCACAGUAACGUCGUUGAUAUCAGUGGGCAAGGACACAAUAAUCUUUCACACGGCCCAAUCGAUAUGAAUGCAUUAGACGAUGCUCGUGAACAAUUCAUGCAAUAUCAAGAACGACUUGGAAAUGGCUAUGAAAUGCGCUCACUGGAACAUUGUUUGAAUGACAUUAUGAAAGGUGUUAACGACGGUGGACAUCACGAUUUCAAAGGAAAACCAUAUUAUCCACGUAUCGAAGAUCAUAUUGCCGAAGAAUCGGGCGGUUACGAUGGAUUGACGCUUCCAAUCGGUUCGCCAGCACGUUCAUCGCCUCAAUCACAAAACUCCGAUAUGAAUGAACGUUUUUCACGAAAAGUUUUUGUCGGCGGUUUACCACCUGAUAUCGAUGAAGACGAGAUUACAUCAUCAUUUCGACGUUUUGGACCGUUGGUUGUCGAUUGGCCCCAUAAAGCAGAAUCAAAAUCAUAUUUUCCACCAAAAGGAUAUGCAUUUUUACUAUUUCAAGAUGAGAGCAGUGUUCAGCAAUUGAUCGAAGCGUGUAUAACGGACGAAGAUAAAUUAUAUCUUUGUGUAUCGUCUCCAACGAUUAAAGAUAAGCCAGUACAAAUUCGACCAUGGCGAUUAUCGGAUGCUGACUUUGUUUUGGACGCAUCAAUGCCACUUGAUCCACGAAAAACUGUGUUCGUCGGCGGUGUGCCACGACCAUUGAAAGCUGUGGAAUUGGCAAUGAUAAUGGAUCGUUUAUAUGGUGGUGUCUGUUAUGCCGGAAUCGAUACUGAUCCUGAGCUCAAAUAUCCAAAGGGCGCUGGUCGAGUAGCAUUUUCGAAUCAGCAGAGUUACAUAGCAGCCAUAUCGGCUCGAUUUGUUCAAUUGCAACAUGGUGACAUUGAUAAACGAGUCGAGGUCAAACCAUACGUUUUGGACGAUCAAAUGUGUGACGAAUGUCAGGGAUCUCGAUGCGGUGGCAAAUUUGCUCCGUUCUUUUGUGCAAAUGUUACAUGUUUACAGUACUACUGCGAGCACUGUUGGACAACAAUUCAUUCUCGACCAGGUCGUGAAUAUCAUAAACCGCUAGUUAAAGAAGGUGCCGAUCGACCACGUGCUGUGCCGUUUCGUUGGUGUUAACAACGCUGAUCGUUGAGUUCGCAGAACAUCGUUGCCGUCGCUAUUUCUCGCAAGUAAAAUCGCAAAAAAAGCAAUCUAUCAAAAUAUAUAACAAAAAUACCUGCAAACAAUUACCAAACAAACCAAAAUUGAUUGGAAAAGAAAAGGCGGAGAAAACAAAUCGAAAUGAAAGAAAAUAUGACAUGAUAGAAAAUGCAUGAAAAAGCAAAAAAAAAAAUUACUUAUUCAGCAAGCAACAGCUAUACCACAGACACUUUAAACCUUUUUCUAGUAAAAAUUUCAUUGCAAAGAUAAAAAAAAGUUUAUUUUCGCAAGAUUACACACUACCACAAUAUGUGUAAUUUCUUCUUUUUUAUAUCUAUAUUUAUAUAUACAUACACACAGGAGAUCACGUAUUUUUCUUCGACUCUCACGUUGUUUUAUUUUGUUUUUAUUUCGUUUGUAAGUGUAGCAACAGGCAUUAGACAUUUAAACAAAACAAAAAAAAAAAACAAAUAUAUAUAAUAUAUGAUAAAAAAAAUACAAUACAUCUAGAGCAAUUUUUAUGAUUUUUUUGUCGGUAUGGAUAUGGUAGUAGGAGAGAGAGGAAAUAGGGAAAAAACCACACCGUUUUUUUUACUCAAACAAAAGGAUUCAUGGCCAAGAACACAAAGUAGUUCAAUGCCGAGGCAGAGAUAGAGUGACAAUUCGCCGUUUCGUUUUUUUUUUGCAAAAAAAGAACAUCUAAACGUGCGUCAUCUAUUUUAGGAAAUGAGAAAAAGUUAGAGGGAGGACAAAAAUAAACAAAAACCAUUCAUAACCACUGUAUAUUUCUACCUUAUAAUCCCAAUUGUAUUAGACAAAUUCCAGUAGGACUGAACCUCUUCUCUGUUUAUUUUGUAGAAUGAAUUUUUCAUCAGUUUCGUAAUAGUUUAGUUAUUGUUGAUCCGCUGCAAGUAAUGAAAAUCUUGUUUACAGUAUAUACAUGUUGUUUACAUCUUGUUAUUUUAAUUUAUCCUUAACUAGAGUUGAUUUGCGUUUAAACGAUCGGUGAUAAUAGUCAUCGAUUUUUUGUUUUUUUUUUCGGUUUCUUUAAUAUUUUUUAACAUGUCACCACGGGUGACACUCUUCACUAGGACACGAGGUAUUUUCAAGUAGAAAACGAACGGGAUCGGUGUUAAAAUAUUCAUUCGUGAAUUUCCAAUGCCUUCCCACAGCGAACAAUUGAGUACCACUCAAAUUACAUCCACGAAUCGCAAUCAGACUGAAUUUGCGUCAAGCUGCCGGCUAUCAAUUUUCUAAAGAAAAUGGCUUAUCAAUAGACCCACUUAUACGCUUAGGAAUUCAAAUAUAAUUUUUUUUUUCUUCAUUUCUUACGAAUUUUUAAUUGAAUUUUUCUAUUAAGAAUUUCAGUUACACAUACACAUAUAUACGUAGAUAACAUUAGAAAUGUGCAGCUCAUGAGAACAGAACCAUUAGUUUUUGAACUUAUUGUAGAAUUUUCUUGAAUAUCUCAACUAUAUUAUUUUUGUAAUGCUGUUUGAUUUUUUAAACCAGAAAAUAUAGUAGUCACAGUCAUAUAUUGUACAAAAAAAGUAAUCAAACUUAUAGAGACUAAUAUGGAAGGUGUAACAGUGAGAGACAAAACAAAACACAACAACAUUUCUAAUUUUGUAUGCGAUUUUAUUCGUUUCCUUGUGGUUAUAAUACAGUUCAGAAUUGUUUAUUUAGGGUUUU